AUGACGGACUGUUGGUUAUGCGUUAUUAUGCCGUUUGUUUUGUGGUUUUUUUAUGUUCAUGUUUUACCCAUGGGAACUUCUGUUUUUUUCGUAAUCUGGUCCAAUCAGGGUUUGGGUUUGGUUGAAGUUGGUGAUUGUGUGUGUUUGACGGACAGGAGGGCUGUGUAUUGGGCCCCGAUUCCAGUGGCUUCGUUGGUACCGGAGCAGCCGUUAGGUGGCUUACAGCACCCGUUGCCGUGGCGAGAAACACACCGACGGCGGACACGAUGGAGUGAAGCGCUGAAGAUUGUAGUGCUCGCCUUGUUAUUCCCGCCUUUGGCGGUUUAUAUGGCCGGUGGUAGUGGUGCUGAGGUCGCUCUCUGUGCGGCACUGUCAAUGGCAUUUUGGAUGCCGGGGAUGCUUUAUGCAAUGGUGUUUCUCGUCAGAAAACCGUGA